CUCUGCCGGUCCCGAAGGUGUACAAUAUAUCGUGGUCGUCACUCGUUAAAAAAAAAAAAAAUGAUAAAAAUAUUUUUAUAUUAUACCACACCAUGUUUCUCCCACUUAAUAAAUUAAUAGCUAGGUAUAUCAUUUUAUAUUGAACGUCCGAGGUCCGAACACUAAAAGAAAUUAAUAACGAUUUCAAAGCUAUUGUGAUUGCUAGUUCAUUUUUAACAUUUAAAUUUUUUAUUUAUUUAUUUUUACACAUGUUCUUGCAUUUUAAAUGGAAAAAGAUAAUUCGAAAGAAGUCAUUGACAGUACGAGUCUUCUCAACCAUCCUGUACAUCUGGAUAAGGCAAUCGAAAUGGUCGGAUUUGGAUAUUUUCAUUAUUAUAUACUAUUCAUAUGUGGAUCGCUUUACACAGCCGUUGCCUUUAGUGUGACAUCAGUAUCAUUUAUUAUACCAUCAGCUCAAUGUGAUUUUCAAAUGACUUCUUCUCACAAAGGCCUUCUAAAUGGAGCAAUGAUGAUAGGAAUGUUAAUGGGAUCCUUUAUUUGGGGUUAUGUGGCAGACACCAAGGGCCGAAGAUUUACUUUGAUAAUAUGUAUGUUGAUGGAUGGUUUCUUUAACAUCUUGUCUAGUGUGUCGCAGGUGUAUUCAAUAUUUAUAUUCUGUAGACUUUUAAGUGGAUUUGGAGUAUCCGGUUCAACAACACUCUUUUCAUACCUUGUAGAGUUUCUUAAUAUCAAAUAUCGAGAAAAAUUUUUAUCUUGGAUGGAAAUGUUCUGGACAAGUGGGAUAAUAUUGCUUCCAUGUAUAGCAUGGUUAAUUAUACCACAGACAUUUAGAAUCGAAAACGAAUACAUAUUGUUUAAAUCAUGGAAUCUUUUUGUAAUUGUGUGUUCACUUCCGAGUAUAACAUUAGCAUUUUUAAUAAUGAAAAUGCCUGAAAGUCCAAAGUUUUUAGUCACUCAGGGUAAACACAAAGAAACAAUAAAUUGCUUAAAAUUUGUUCACAGAUGGAAUAGCAACUCAAAUGAUAAAUUUCCCGUGACUUCAAUAAUUAUGCCAAGUUCAAAUGACAAAGCAAAUAAUGGUUUCUUUGAAGGGCUUUAUGAGAGUACUAUAGAUUUGUUUACAUCGAAAUUCAAAAUUAUAGCUAUAGUUACAUGCAUUAUACACUUUUGUGCUACUACUAGUUACUAUAUGUUAAUACUGUGGUUCCCGGAAUUGAUGAAUAGAUUUCGUUGGUAUGAAACAUAUUCAAAUAUCCAAAAUAAAACAACCAUGUGCGAAAUUGUAUCCAUGUACAUAGUUGAACCAGAAGUGAAAUAUGUAAAGUGUGAUGAUCAUAUUGACCAUUCCGUGUAUAUGAACAUAAUGAUCAUUGGCAUUGCUUGCAUACCCGUUGUACCACUAUUUAUCAAUAAACUUGGACUAAGAUUUUUUACAGUUUUGAGUUUCUUUGGAUCCAGUAUUUCUGCAGCAUGGUUGUACUUUAUUACUUCUUCAAUGGAGAAUAUUAUAUUAUCUUCAAUAUUUGAAGCUUUUUCUAGUAUUGGUAUUAGCCUAACAUAUUGCAUUACUGUUGAGUUAUUUCCAACUGAAUACAGGGGCAUGGCUGCGUCUAUAGGUACUAUGUUUGGCAAAAUAGGUGCACUUUUGGGCAACAUUCUCAUUGGAAUUUUUAUUGAUGCUCACUGUAUAGUUCCAAUAUUUGUUUCAAGCUCAUUUUUGAUAAUUUCAGCUUUCUUAGUAAUUACAUUACCAAAAACUGGAAGAACCAACAUAAUAACUGACGGAAUCAUUUAGAAAUAAUUAUAUCCUUAGGAGCUUACCUACAACUAUAUAAUUACCUAUAUAAAAAUGUAAUUUGUAAACAUCAAUAUUUAAUUUUAGAUUCUGAGCAUAUCGAUCAGUGUAGUUUAUUUUUAUACUUUUAAAUGUAAAAUCUGUCUAAAACAGAAUAUACCUACUGUAAAGUUAUAUUUUAAGUAAACAUAAUAUUAUAGGUAAUUUUAAUCAAUAUAAACUAUUAAAAUGCCUAUUUUUCUGCCAUAAAAAAUUAUUUGUAUUUUAAUUUAAAUUAUUUUUUGGCAUAUUUCAUUGUAUUUAACUAUGAUUUUUUUUAUUUAACUAUAAAAAUCCUCUUUUUCA